UUCAAUCAUCAUGAAUUACUUAACUUGUGUUAUAUUUAUAUUGUCAAUGUUCAAAAAUGUUGAGCUGCUCUUGGUGAAAGUGAAUGAAGGCCUAUUGCUAGGAGCUCGACUGCCACUGUCUACCGGCCAAGGGUUAUACUACAGCUUUAAGGGAAUCCCAUAUGCGGAAGCACCCGUCGGAAACCUACGGUUCAAGGAUCCUAGACCAGUCCAACCGUGGAUAGGAAUAAAACAAGCAAUUGUACACGGCCCAGUCUGCAUUCAAUAUAAUGCACUUCUCAAAUCAUAUAUCCCGGGCAGUGAAGACUGCUUAUACUUAAACGUUUACACCCCUGACUUAACACCGGAGAAACCUUUUCCAGUCAUGGUUUUCAUCCAUGGAGGAUCGUUUAUGGCAGGUUCAGGGAAUUCACUUAUAUUAGGUCCAGACUUUAUAGUUCAAAAGAACGUUGUGCUGGUCACAUUGAACUAUAGACUAGAUGCUUUAGGAUUCCUCAAGCUGGACUCGAAGGAUGUUCCUGGCAAUGCUGGAUUAAAAGACCAGAACCUGGCGUUAAAAUGGGUUCACGAUAACAUAGCUGCAUUCGGGGGUGACCCUGACGAGAUCACUCUGGCUGGACAGAGUGCGGGGUCAGCGUCGGUGUUUUAUCACAUGAUGUCACCGAUGUCCAAAGGAUUGUUCAAAAGAGGCAUAGCCAUGAGCGGCGUACCGUUUUGCGAAUGGGCAGUCACAUAUGAGCUAACAAAAAGAUCUUUUGCACUUGGAAAGUUAUUAGGCAGCGACACAACUGAUCCUGAUGAAAUGUUACAGUUCCUGCAAGAACAGCCAGCUUAUAGUAUUAUCAAUAAGACGCCUAUCGUAAUACCAGAAGAAAAUUACUGGCAAAAUACUAGAUUGAAAAUGACAGCAUUCCAACCUGCUCCAGAAAAAGACUUCGGGCAAGAACGAUUUUUACUCGAGACGCCGAUUGAGACGCUCAAACGAGGGAACAUCACUCCAGUAGACUUGUUUUUGGGGGACACUAGUUUGGAAUACUUGUAUCAGCUCCCAGACAUCAAUAGUUCCCUUGUUAGUUACAAUUUAAUGCGCAGUCUACUAAUCCCUCGCGAAAUUAUACUGACCGGCUCCCCCCAGCUUGACUUUGACGCAAUAGCUGAUAGAAUAUCUGACAAAUAUUUUGGCCAGAGGGACAUUGACUAUAGCACCCUGUAUGAGUUUCUUCGGUAUCAAAGCGAAGAAAUAUUUGUGUAUCCCGCAAGAAGGUUCUUAAAACACCUUCCCGCUGGAAAUAAGAGGUAUCUUUACAAAUUUCUAAUCAUAUCGGAGAGAAAUCGAUUCGCAUCACUUGGCGAACCGUAUGGAAUAGUUGGGACGGGGCAUUCGGACGAUAUCGAGUAUAUCUUCGACUCCAGGGUUGCAAAAGGUGGUUUUCCAGUGGGUUUCCCAGUAAGUGUAACAUCCGAGAUAUACAGACUGAUUAAUCAGACUGUCACGUUGUACACAAACUUCGUAAAAUAUGGAAACCCGACUCCGGACGGCUCCCUCGGAGCAGUCUGGCCGGAGUACGACGAAGACUCCAAGGGCUACAUGAAGAUCAACUCGACCUUGAGCGCUGAUAACGAUCCUGACGCUGAUGCUGUGGCCUUCUGGACUAGCAUCUUCAGCGAAGCGGGCAUAGAACUGCCUUGAAAGAGCUUUACUUUCUAUUUUUUUUAUUACAUAUUUCGUUUGUUCGUUUUAGCUAAAUGACGUCCCUUGUUAUUAAUUAUUAUUUUAUGUAUAUUACAUUAGAGUGAUAAUAUUGUAAGUAUUAUGUAUUUGUAAGCUGUUUGUUUUAAAACAAAAUAAAUAAAUUACCUACCUACUUCGUAACUUCUUCGUAAAGUCUUAAA